AUGAACUACCUGCUGAAUCUGUUGGGUCCAUUUGCUCGAUUGAAAGUGUUCCAGGAGAUAGUGUGGUUCAUAAGUCCGCAUCAGCGUUUGGAUCAAGUGGAUGAGUUUGUCAUGCGCAUAGAUGAUGCCUUUGGAAAGACCGCAACCCAGACGGUGGUUAACAACAAUACGGAAAUGCGAAUGAUUCACUCGUCGGCCCAGAGAAACCACAUGAGCUUUGUGUUUACAACUGGAGCAGAGGAUCCAAUAAUGAAGGUGUUUAGCAAGGUACUACUUGGACGGCACUUCUACUUCUCGGUGAUAAUGUAUGUGGACAAAGUGGGUGACAUGCAGCCGAUUCACGACCUGCUGCUAUUUGCCUACAAUGAGCAGUUUAUGAACUCUAUGGUGUACUUUGAGUCGGAGGAGGGAAUAAACCAACUUUUUGGCGUUUCCAAAUUUCCCACCAUAUCCUUCCAGAACCGCACCGACUUCUUGAGGUACAUCGGAAAGGUCUGGAAGAAGGUUUUAAAUGCCCGCUCGGAUGUGGAGGGUUUCGGAUUCACCACACCGUUGCGCCAGGAUCUGCCACAUUUGUUCCAGUCUCAAGGACGCUAUGAUGGGAGUACCUAUCGGAUCAUCGAUACCUUUGUGAAAUUUAUCAACGGCACCUUUACGGAGCUCCAAAUGCCGCCAGAUGCCCUUGGUGGGCAGGUGAUUAAUAUGAAGCAGGCUUUGCAGUUAGUCCGUGAACGAAAGAUGGAGUUCUGUGCCCAUGCUUACGCAUUAUUUAUGCCCGACGAGGAGGUGGAGAAGACAUACCCACUGUUGGUGGUUAAGUGGUGCUUAAUGGUUCCUCUUUACAAUAGUGUAUCCACGUACUUCUAUCCCCUGCAACCUUUCGCCUGGAACGUAUGGUUCUUCGCAUUGGGAGCUCUUUUUGCCUUAGUUCUCCUGGAGCUAAUGUGGCUGAGGAUGUUUGGUGGGUGGUCAGAUUAUCAAGGUGCCUUAUUUGACUCCUUUUGUUAUAUCAUCAACGUACCUACCGAAGGGCAACUCCAACAACCCUGCCUCCUACGUUUCCUUCUUCUUUUCACGGUGUUUUUCCAUGGAUUUUUCCUUUCCGCCUACUACACCUCCAAUUUGGGCAGCAUUCUGACCGUGAAUCUCUUCCACGCUCAGAUCAACACCAUGGAUGACAUAGUGAGUGCUCAAUUGCCCGUCAUGAUUAUUGAUUACGAGAUGGAAUUUCUGCUAAAUCUUAAUAAGGAGUUGCCUGAGAAUUUCCUCAAACUGCUGCGCCCCGUGGACUCUGCCAUUUUCUCUCAGCACCAAACCAGAUUCAACAGCUCCUUUGCCUAUUUCAUCACCGAGGAUCACUGGCAGUUCCUUGACGAGCAGCAGAGCCAUCUGAAACAGCGCCUGUUCAAGCUGAGUGACAUCUGCUUCGGCUCCUAUCAUCUGGCUUUUCCCCUUCAAAUGGAUUCCUCCUUAUGGCGGGACAUCGAGUACUUCACAUUUCGCAUCCACUCUUCGGGUCUUCUCAACUUUUAUGCCCGCAGCAGCUUUGGAUCUGCCCUCCAUGCCGGAUUGGUUGAGCGGUUCCCAAAAAGUCAAGAGUACACUUCCGCCGGACUACAACAUCUGGCCAUUGCCUUUAUUUUACUUUUGGUAAUGAGUUUUCUUGCCGGAAUUGUGUUCGUAUUUGAAAAGCUUUCUAGUGGAACUAUGACUUAA